CCUACUGCGAAACUACAAUUGCCCGGUCCUGCUCUUCAGAAGCAUGGCGGCCUUCGUAGCAUGUCGGCUGCGACCGUGGCUAACCCCAUCUUUGAGGACUAUGGUGCGCGCUCACGUGCCUUGCGUGAUGGUCACCGUGGAGGAAACAGCACAAAUACGAUCUUAUGCCACCCAAAAACACCAGAAGUUAAUAUUAGCUGCACAAAAACGUAAUAGGCAAAGGAAACUUGAAAAACCUCCCGAAAAAGACAAGCUUGCUUGGAUGAAGUCAAGAAAGCUCCUCAUCGGACCCCGAAGAGAGACUUACGAAGAUCGGCUGAAGGAGCCACCGAUGGACGAUGUUUUCUUCACGGACAAGUACAUGCCAGUUGUGUAUCCCGCUGCGGACGCCAUAGCCAUGCACAGAGAAACACACCACCCAACUGUUUUGGAUGAUCCGGAUGCACUUCUUUAUGCCUUCGUAGAGCUCAGUUUGAAGACGAAGAAAAAGACCAAGUUUCGAGAAGAUUUUUCAGGGACUGUGCUCUAUAAUCAUCCAUUCUCCAUCACCAAGAGAGAGAAGAGAAUUAUUGCCCUUUGCAAGAGCACUGAUUUGGCAACUGAGGCACUUGCAGCAGGGGCAGAAGUGGCAGGUGGUGCAACCGUCAUCAAAAGGAUACUUGCUGGAGAACUAGACACAAAAGUUUUCGACUAUAUUUUGGCACAUGUGGACAUUGUGCAAGAUCUGCCUCAGUUAAGAGGCUUACUAAAAACGAAGUUACCAACACUAGCAAACGGAAAAGUCACCAAUAACCUGCCUGGCUUGGUGCAAGGCUACUUCAAGGGUGUUGAUUUCGCUUCCAAGAGUGAUCAGCAAGAGCUAGACUACGGUUUUGUUGAAGUCCCUGUAGGAAAACUCAGCAUGCCAACUGAGCAUCUCGUAGACAAUAUCGGGACUCUACUUGUUUGUAUUGAUGGAUUCAAGCCAAAAACAACUGAUCCAGGUACAUUCAUCACAAAGGUCGAACUGAAGUGUCCACCAACUACUGAGAAGUUCAUAAUUGCAUGCAGCGAAUUUUUGGAUCAUUAUGCAGAGGAAGAGGAAGAUGUUGAAGUCAAAGUGGAGCAAUAGACACACCAACCUCAAGCAGGACAUCACUUCUUGUAGCAAUAUGUCAUAA